AUGGGAGUCAACGACGAACGACUUCCUCCCGAGUUAGCAAAGAUGAUCAACAAAAGAGAUUCUGCCAAAAGGUCUAUGGACUCGAUUAAAACAUUCAUAGACAAGUAUGACCCUGCUACUAAAUCUCUGAACCAACUUCAAACUAGACUGGACAGUCUAAUGCAAUACAGGUCCAAAUAUGAAUCCUGUCAAGAUGAUAUUGAAAAUCAUACAGCAGUUACGGUUGAAAUGCUAGAUCACAGGACUGGUGUUGAUGAUUUUUUCUGUUCACUUAAAGCUGAGAUUUUAGAUAUAAUUGAGCGCUAUUCUAAGGUUCCAUUCAACACCUCAAGUACACCAUCGCAGCCUAUCAUUCGGGAUUCCAUGAAACUGCCAUUCAUUCCUGCUCCUACCUUUGAUGGUGAUCUACAAAAAUGGGUAUCAUUCCUUGACGCAUUCAAUGCUAUGUUUCAUUACAACCAAGGAUUAUCUGAUGUACAGCGUUUACACUAUUUGAAAUCUUGUCUGGUCGGUCCUGCUGCGGCGUACCAUUCCAACAACUGA